AGAGCCUGACAGUUUGUAUGAUCUCCACCCACCAAAACGUCACAUCUCUACAGCUCGACUGUCAAAGAAAAUCCCGCGUAUGUUUCACUUUUUUCGGGUCUUCAAGACGAGUAGCGUUCUCGCAAUUACAACGGCUCCUGAAGGCAGCAGUAGAUCCUGAAACUCAUUGAGAGCGCAGGUGGAAGAAAAAAACACCGUGCCGAUAUUUUAGCUUUGGCGUGGCAUGUUAUAUUUACCACAAUAGUUUGUUUUCUUCAACUUUGAGAAGAUUCAGCAGGUUUUUUUGUCUUUCUUUUGUGGUGGUGAGUGGCCCGGUGUCACACAUGGCUCCCCGGGCGGUCUGGCUCCUGGUCGCCCUGUCCGGUGUCUUGAAUGUGCGCUCCUGCUGGGCUUUUACCUGUCCGACCAUCUGCCACUGCGGCGCCGACACUUUUCAGUGCAGCAGAGACACUCAGCUGGCCUCCCGGGCGGGAGCAACAUCCGUGCCUCGACUAUGGCUCACUCAUCUGCUUUUGAAACAAGUCCCCACUCACGCCUUCAGGGAGCUCAUCAACGUUACAAUAAUUGAGAUUUCCCAGAGCGACUGCAUCACACAGAUACAGCGACAUGCCUUCCUCUCCCUCCACAGUCUGGCUCAAAUUUCACUGCAGAACAUCAACAGUCUGAGGGUUAUUGAAAAAGGGGCCUUCACCGACCUGCCCAGGCUGGAAUAUUUGAGCAUCUCUAACACAGGGGUGAUGCACUUCCCAGACUUCACAACUAUCUCCUCUUUGGUGCCAAAUAUUAUCCUUGAAAUGACAGAUAACAUGAGGAUCGACAGCAUUCCUGCCAAUUCCUUCCAGGGUAUCACACAGGAGUAUGUUGACAUGAACCUGGUCAGAAAUGGCUUCAAAGAAAUUAAACCUCAUGCAUUCAAUGGAACCAAGCUCAACACACUAAUUUUGAGAGACAACAGGUAUCUCACUGACAUCCAAGAAGACGCUUUUGAAGGAGCCACAGGUCCGAGUUUCCUGGAUGUUUCCUCCACAGCUCUGAGUUCUCUCCCCCCUAAAGGGCUUAGGCAGGUGCGGUUUCUGAAUGCCAGCUCUGCCUUUGCUUUGAAGACCCUCCCUCCACUGGAGAGCCUAGCCGAGCUGUCUAAGGCUGAGCUCACGUACCCCAGCCACUGCUGUGCCUUCCACACAUGGCGUCGGAAACAAAGGGAAAAUGCCUUGAAGAACUUCACAAAGUUAUGUGAUCUCAGCGACACUGAAAUAGAGACCACUGCAGAUGGUAGGAAUCUUAUUGAUGACAUCAACUUUCAGUAUCCAGACCUGGAGUUUGAUUGUCUCAACAACCCCUUCGUCAAGUGCACACCAAAGCCAGAUGCUUUUAACCCUUGUGAGGACCUUCUGGGCUUCCCCGUCCUGCGCUGUCUCACCUGGAUCAUUACUGUUUUUGCUGUGACUGGUAACCUGGCUGUUCUGGUUAUCCUGCUAAUUAGCCACCAUAAGAUAACCAUCUCCAGGUUUCUCAUGUGUAACCUGGCUGUCGCUGACCUCUGCAUGGGGCUCUACCUGAUGCUCAUUGCCUUCAUGGACUACCACUCCCGUCACGAGUACUACAACCACGCCACGGACUGGCAGACAGGGCCUGGAUGUGGCAUAGCGGGGUUUUUGACUGUGUUUGCCAGCGAGCUGUCAGUAUAUACACUGACUGUGAUUAGCCUUGAACGCUGGCACACCAUCACUAAUGCCAUGCACGUCAACAAGAGGCUGCGGAUGCACCACGUCGCAGUCAUCAUGGGGGCAGGCUGGGGCUUCUCUCUGCUGGUUGCCCUGCUCCCUCUUGUGGGGGUCAGCAGUUACAGCAAAGUGAGCAUCUGUCUGCCCAUGGAUAUUGACACACUAGGCUCUCAGGUUUAUGUGGUGGCUGUGCUCAUUCUCAAUGUUGUAGCUUUCCUGGUGGUCUGCUACUGUUACAUAUGCAUGUAUUUGAGUGUUCACAAUCCAGAGCACUCCACGCGCCAUGGAGACACCAAGAUUGCCAAGCGCAUGGCUGUGCUCAUUUUCACCGACUUUGUGUGCAUGGCGCCGAUCUCCUUCUUCGCCAUCUCUGCAGCCCUGCGUAUGCCCCUCAUAACGGUGUCUCACUCAAAGAUCCUGCUCAUCCUUUUUUACCCCAUCAACUCCCUCUGCAAUCCUUUCCUGUACACCCUCUUCACACGAGCUUUCAGGAAGGACGUGUGCCUGCUGCUGAGUCGCUGCAGCUGCUGCCACGCCAACUCUCUGUUACAGGUCACAGACUAUGGCUUCACACCUCAACUCUGCUCAAAAAAUGUCCACCAGAAAACCUCAAUCACUUAGCUUCUAUGCCUAUCACAUUAAGAUGAAGGGUUGCUUUAUUAACAAGGGAACCACAUGACUACCAAAGCAGAAAAUCUUAUUAUGAACUUGAAGUCAGCAUCUGCUGUCUUGCUAAAAAUGUAGCACUUCUUCAAAAUUUAGGUCACGCGGAAGAGAUUGUCAGUCUUGUACAUGACAGCCAUCGGAUCAGAUUUGAUCUUGGUUUGUUUACAAAGUGAGAAUUUCAUCAGUCAGGACCAAGAGACCUCAAACUGGAGACGACAGCUGCCGCAGCUUCCAUUUCUGCACAGGUGAUGUGGUACGAAUUAACAGAUGGAUGGAGCAGGAAUGGGGAGCAAAGAAAACAGGUUUAUUUGUAAAAACAUAAUAAAACGCUGAUGGUCCUUUACAUUAUUAAGAUCAAGAUGUUACAAGUAGAUCCAUUUAGUUCUGUUAAAGAUCAAUCAAUAAAAAUUAUUUAUUAUUCUGUCUUUAUGAAAGUUUGGAUGCUUGAAUUUGAAUACAGUGAAAUAAAUGUGAUCAAAUGGGAGUCUGUGUCUUAGCUCAUCAGAGAUGGGUUUUAGCGCCAUCUAUUGGGGUAUUGUACUCAGGAUACAUUUGGUCAGGGACACUUGAAAACUGCAGACAUGCCAGAGCAGCCUCAGAGACAGUUAAAGCUGGGACCAGGACUAUGAGAAACUUGACUACUGUUCAAACCGUCCUGGAUUUUCAUAAUGAAAGAUUUUAAUGAACGUGUGGUCAGUUGCCAUCUUUCUUAAGUUUCCACAUUUAACAACAGCUGUCAACUGUGGGUUUGCCAAACAUUCAUUUUUAUUCUUACUUUCAGAGAACAUAUGGGAGUAUGGUUUUAUUUUUAAAAAAAAUCCACUAAUUUGGAAGAAAACAAACAUAAUUUGGUGUACAUGGGAAGGGGGUGGAUUUUAUAUUCUUUUAAUAAUCUUCUAUCCCUUCAGACUUAAUCUGCAACUCCUUGUAGGGGUUCAAACCCACAGAAGCACUGCAAUACAAUUCACAAUUUUAUAUGAAGGAAUGUACCAGGACUGUCAGUAUAACUGCAAAAACACUGCCAGGAUCAAAAUGAAAACUUGACAUUAAAAGCAAACAUUUUCCAAGGAUUUGUCACUGAUUUUGAUCUGGUUUUGUAAGCUGUUGCUGGAGCUGUCACAUCACC